GCUUCCCCGGCUCCAGCCUCCGCCGGCGGAGCUCCACUAUGCCAGACAGUUUCGACACUUUGCAAAGACAAAGACCAGAGGGAGGAGGAAGAGGAGGACGGCGAGGAAGAGGAGGAGGAGAGAGAGAAGGAAAGGGCUAUGUGAGCUGGGAAGGGGGCGAGUAUCCCGGACACUCACCUUUUAUUCUUCUCCGAGUCCUCUCAUCGCCUCAAGCCCCGGAAACUUCCGCGUGUCUCCAGCCACGGCCGAGCUCCUCGAGGGUGUGAACGACACCGUCGCUUACCUCUGUCUCUGGCACUUGGCUCUGUGCGUGAAACAGAAUAGGGGUUUAUUGACAACGUAUUUGAUGUAUCAGUCACUGGACUCAAUCUUUCUGACGUGGAAAUGCCCGCAGAAGUAAUUAGCAUCUCCAGGAGCUGUGGUGAGGAGACGGCUUGAGGUCUGCAGCCGGGACAGACAUCUGGGGACCAGAGAUGGACACUCCCUCACCCCACUGAGAUGAAGAAACUGAGGCUCAGAGAGGUUAAGGAACGCCCCCAAGGUCACACAGCUGAUGACAGACAACCCUCGGUGCCCUUGUCAAGCCAGCCACUUCGGCACCACACCUCUGGUGACAGCACGGGCAAGACCAAGUUCUAAUUAAGGAUCAUCCCGCACCAUCGUUUCCAAAGGACAGUGGCAAAGGCAGCCUCCCUCUGUCCUGCACCGUGACGCUUCCUUCGAGGUCCUCACCUCCGAGGGACCCUAGACUGUCACAAGGAUUAAUUACACUUCAACCCCUUUGGUUGGAAAAGGAAAUCACUGUUAUUAAGUUUGAUUAAAGCUUCAUCAAGAGACAUUAUCGGCUGUUUAAGAGUUGCUGACAAAGCAAGCAUCUUUAUUUCCCGAAAAGACAAAUUGUAUGUCAGCAGAGCCAACCCACCACAAGUGGUCCACUUAGCCUUUGAAUGGCACGGGUGGUGUCCAGCACUGCCAGGUGGCCGUCGCCCCGUGGAAGCGAAGUUGGCUGUGGGAAGCUUUGAGGCUCCCUGGGAGUCCCUGCCUUGCCUUGUGAUCGAGCUUCUGUCUCUGGACUCUUUCUCCCGAGCUCCUCCUCGGUUAGGUGUGAUUUGCUCCAGCCCAUCCCUGGGAGGCACCCACCACCCCAUCGGGAAACCAGAAAUGGCGGCCCCGAGGAAAAAAACUCUCAAAGUCCUCACCUUCCUUGUGCUCUUUAUCUUCCUCACCUCCUUCUUCCUGAACUACUCCCACACCAUGAUGACCACCAUCUGGUUCCCCAAGCAGAUGGUCACUGAGCUCUCGGAGAACUUGAAGAGGCUCAUGAAGUACUCCAACCGGCCCUGCACCUGCGCCCGCUGCAUCGGACAGCGGAAGGUCUCCUCCUGGUUCGAUGAGAGGUUCAACUGGUCCAUGCAGCCGCUGCUGACGGCCAAGAACGCGCUCCUGGAGGAAGGCACUUACAGCUGGUGGCUGAGGCUCCAGCGGGAGAAGCAGCCCAGUAACCUGAACGACACUGUCAAGGAGCUCUUCCAGGUGGUGCCUGGGAAUGUGGACCCCCUGCUGGAGAAGAGGUCGGUGGGCUGCCGGCGCUGUGCCGUCGUGGGCAACUCGGGCAACCUGAAGGGCUCCUGGUACGGGCCUCAGAUAGACAGUCACGACUUCGUGCUGAGGAUGAACAAGGCCCCCACCGUGGGGUAUGAGGCCGAUGUCGGGAGCAAGACCACCCACCACCUCGUGUACCCCGAGAGCUUCCGGGAGCUCGCAGAGAACGUCAGCAUGGUCCUGGUCCCCUUCAAGACCACCGACCUGGAGUGGGUGAUCAGCGCCACCACCACGGGCACCAUCUCCCACACCUACGUUCCUGUCCCCACGAAGAUCAAAGUGAAAAAGGAUAAGAUCCUGAUUUACCACCCGGCCUUCAUCAAGUACGUCUUCGACAACUGGCUGCAGGGCCACGGGCGGUACCCGUCCACCGGCAUCCUCUCGGUCAUCUUCUCGCUGCACAUCUGUGAUGAGGUGGAUUUGUACGGCUUCGGGGCAGACAACAAAGGGAACUGGCACCACUACUGGGAGAACAACCCAACGGCAGGAGCUUUUCGAAAGACCGGGGUACACGAUGGGGACUUUGAGUCCAACGUGACGGCCACCUUGGCAACCAUCGACAAAAUCCGGAUAUUCAAGGGGAGAUGACGCUGUGAAGUGUCAAGGACUGAUGCGCCAGAGCACGCCUCUCCGUGUCCUGUCCCAGCUUCUUGCCGGAGCCGUUCGGUUCUGGGAACUUUGAGGGCCAGCCCCAGGGGUGUGCCCAGGUGCCCCUUGAGCCUCUUGCACCCCAACAUUUGGCAGUAUCUACUCAGCAAGGUCGCCAAGCCCUGCCAGGGCUGCAGAGCAAAUCUCAGGACCAGUCUCGGGUGGGGAGAACCCCCUCACUGCUGUCCCAGGCUGGGAGGAGGUGGGGAGACAGGAGACAGGUCCAAUCUGAAGAUCCCCACGUUCUAAAGGAAAGGAUGGUUUCCUGGGGAGGAUGCCCAGAGACUCCUCUCUGCCGAGGGGUCCAGGGCCAGCACUUUGAUUCUCUCUGGGACGUUCCUGAGGGUGACCUCCAGGACAGCCACGGGGAGACAGGUGGGCACUGGGGGAGAUGACGGCUUUCUCUGCAUGGUGCCCGGCCUCUCACCAGGCAUGGCCACUCCACCUCCCCUUUCUGCCCAAAGCUCAUAGGAGAGGCUCACCACCCCAAAGGUCUUCAGAGCCACUAAGUGUUUCUGACUCCAGGAGACGUCCUCUUCCCAGCAUGACGUUCUCCUGAGUAACCAAUCUUUGUGGUUGUAAUGAUGGCCAAGAGCAGAUCUGACUACUUCCAUGUGCCUUUGUAUUUGGGGGAGAAAUGCAUGCACUGGCUGAAAUGAGGCAAAAGCCCUUACGUGGCAAAGGGGACCUGGCCAUGCUGUCCCCUUGCUCUGUAGCUCCGACAGCUUUUCUAGUUUCCUGAGCCAGCGCCAAAGUUGCACCAAAGCUUGGAUGAUACUCAGCUCCGCGCAGAAGCCCGUCAGCCGUGGACGGUCCAUUCUUAUUUUCACAAACUGUAACCUUCCAAAGCCACACAGAGGGCCUCCACCAGCCGGCAGGUUCCCCAAGGGUCGACGCUCUGGGCCAGGUCCCUGCUGGCCACCUGCGCGGCAUCCCAGGGGUUGGGGGUCAUCCUAGGAACGUGACCGUCAGAGGGGGGAAGUCAUACCUCAUCCUUCACUGUCCAGCUGCUCUUUCUUCUGUGUCAGCCCUCCUGAUUAUUUAUUGUUUUGUUUUGAUUCUGAAAUCCAGCUGAUGUCUGCACUUUGUGGCUCUGUUGAUCUGGCUUCACCUGGCAGCCGGGGAGUGGGUGCUUGAAGCAAAUUUUGUAGGAAUUCUAGGAGUUGAGGUUCAGGGGUGUCUAGGGUUUGAGGGCAAAUCCUGGGGUGUCAGGAUGGGAGGUUUGCAGAAUGCUCUGUACCUCCUCCCCUUCCCGCCCUGCCUCUCUUCUUUCUCAUUGUGGACUUGGAUUCAGUCUCAGGCUAGGAAUCCCCAACCUAGUGGGACUUCCUUGGGGCUGGGUGGGGAGUAGCGUCACAGGCAUGAGAGGACAGUGAGUGUUGGCUCAGUUACCGAUAUUUACUCCAAAAAACAAAAACAACAACAACAACCACCAUUUUUCCUGUUGAGAGCCUUACCUAAAAGGCCCCUGAUGCUCUGAGGGGGUGUGACUGUUUCCUGGUGGAGGGUGAAGCCAGGGCUGCCUCUGCCGCUCCCUGCAGCCCUCAGGUGAGCCCUGCUCUCCUCGGCCUCAGUUUCUUUCUCUGCAAACGGGGAGAGGGUGAUUGAUGAGAGGUCGUGGGCCGCAGAUGGCACCAGGCAUUCACAGGGGUCCCUGGAAUCCACAUGCCACAUUUGGUUUUCCCUGAUUCUCUGUAUAUGAGUAUUUUCCUGAGGAGUCUUUUCAUAGUUUUUGUUAGAUUCUCAAAGAUACAGAAUCCAGAAAGUUUUGAAAAACAAAUAAUCAAACAAACAAAAAUCUACUCCAACUUUAAAAUUCUCCAAAACUGAAGACCCUCUUGACUGAUAAGGGCUCCUCAAGGGCCGUGAGGUCAGAUUUCGAACAUAAACCCUCGGAGGCUGCGGAGGACGGUGCUUGGCGUGAGGAGCUGAGCGAGCGUGCGCCGGCCGGCUGGUGCAGCCCGGGACAAUCUUUGAGGAAAUGGACCCUGAUGCAGGGAGCAGCUGGGCUGACCCCUGAGCUCUGGCUUCUCCCGAAAGCCAAGUCUGUUUGGGGAGGACGGACUGAGAGGGAGGACUCUGCUUCUCUGGGCUGUGCCGAGUCAGGACAGGCCCCUGGAGUGAGGAGGUAUCCACGGCUGAGCUGCGUGCUGCCUGGGCCAGUUGCCUGGUCCCCGUCCCAUCUCUCUUUCCCUCCCACUUGACUGUUCAAGCCCCGAGAGGCUUUCUGGCCUGUGGAUCCAGCUCUCCCAUUUUACAGGUGAGAAAAGCAAGACCAGAGAAGGGAAGUGACUUGCCAAAGUGAACCAAGUGUGACAAACAGCACAAGUCAAACAGAAUUUGAGUCAAAAGAGGACGCUAUUGGCUCCGUGUUUAAAACAUCUAGCAUCAGGCUUUCCCAACCGGGCUCAUCCAGCCCCUCCAAGAACUGCAGGCCGUGUGGAUGUCUGACUCUGCUCUGCCUCACCACCAGCAUCAUUCUCACUCUGCCCAGGUUGGGCGGCAGCUGCUGCCUCCCCACCACCCUGCCCGGGGAGGCGGCGACGUCAUGCUUUCCCAUAACCCCAGCAGACAUCUCUGUGUCUCACUAGCUUAACAACAGCCGCCUCACUAAAUAAAAGCCAGCCAUUGUGGCCGGGAUUCAUACACCAUUGCCUUAAACCAGUGAGGACCACAGCCGGGGUAACGGUGGCCGGGCACUGGACGAGAGUGUUUCCCAUGUGGAUCUGGCCAUCAGCAGGAGGACGGGAGGCAUCCACGCAGGGAGGCUCUUGCGUGUCCAUCAUACGCACUUGGGCUCCCCGGGGCCCUGGGAUCCCAGCCCAGGGCUCUUUCUACUCCACAGAGAUCUCCUUGGAGUCCGGGCCCCAGGCAGGGAGCAGAGGCGUCCCUGCCUGCAGCAGUCAGAGCCGGAAAGGGCCAAGACUGACGGAGGAGAGAGAUGUCAGAGAUGUCCCGACCUCCUGUCUCCCCUGGGGAGCCAGGAGGACGCUGUCACCUGCAGCCAGAGCCCCCAGAGGCCCUGCCCUCACCCACCUGUUGGGGGAGAAAGGAGGACGGGUUUGUAGUGAUCUGGGGCAGAGAAGAAAGUUCUUGAAUUGAUGUCUUUUGAUACCCUGGCUUCAUCGGGUAUCGCCCAGCAAACUAUGUGGGCUGAGCAUAGGGGGAGAAGCCAGAGACAAGAAAGCAGGACAGAAAAGGAAAGCCAGGCAAGAAGGUGGAGCAGGCGAGUCCUGCAGCACGAGGGGAGGUUCGCAGGCUCCGUGGCAUCUCCGUCUCUGCUGUGGCCAGCGGGUGGAUUCUACCUCCAAGCACACUGGGCCUCUGGGUCAAAGUGGGCUGGAAUCACAGAGGAUGUUUAGAACUGUGAUGUUUGCUUUAACUGUUCUCUUCGAGGCAGCCUGAAUCCAAAGACAAAAUGGAAAACUGAAAAGAACUCACUCUCCUUUGCAUGGUUGUGGUCAGACAUGCUUUCUCCAGGGAAGCCCAAGUUCCGAGUGACCCCGGGCCAGCUCAAGAUGGCUGGACUUUGGCCACAUGCCAUCAGGAACUGGCAACUGUCCUCGUCCUUCCAAAGAGCUCAGGGCUGUCAUGAUGGUGGACAUCUGGUUUGUACCAGACGUGGCCACAGGCCACCAGCCAGUCGCCCUCUCCUAGGGUCUGGGCUAACAAGUUUUGAGCCUCCUCGGGGGCUCUGCAAGACACGUCUGGAAAGAAAAGAAGAGGGUGUGGGAGGAACAGGGGGGCCAGGCAAAGCGGCAUCGCUCAGUCCACGCUUUACCAAAAGCACCGCGUCUCCCACAAGCAGCCAGCCUGUCUCCGGCCUCCUGUCUCCCUCCCAGCCCACUCAUUGAACUUGACCCCAUUGCUCAGCUUCUGAACAGCCUUUGUUGCCCACCUGCCCCAGACCCUGGGCCAGAAGCCAGCUUUAACCUGGGCCUGUGUCAGGAGACCCUCCUCAGCCCUGGUCGGCGGGCCAUCACGUUAGCGCCUAACUGAAUUCACAUCAAAGCCAAAGUUUCCCGAGCACUUUUCCUCCUUUGCAGUCACGUUGGGUUGAUCGGUGACAUUUUCAGACGCGCUUUCCCCCCUCUUGCCUCAGCCCCAUGUUUUGCAGCUGAGUGUUAAUCUGAAUGCUAUUUGAAUGAAGUUGGCAAGAGUGUCUUCCUCAGCCUCUGCCUUGUUGUUGUUUUUUAAUUUAUUGUUGAACAUUUCCAAUGAUCCAAUGAUCUGAAUCAAAGUGAAUAAAAGAGAGCUAUUUUAUUGUU